AUGGGAGGAAAACCUUCUAAGGGUGGCGAUUCGGAGGCCGGGGCCAGUCCUCUGCGGGGGGUGUGGAGACGGGCCCAGUCCUCACUCCUCCUCCGCUCCUCCACUUCCGAUCACACAGAAACCUCCCCUGCUCCUGCUCCAUACCAACGCCGUGUCAGUAUGGUCAAAGAUGUGCUGAGGAUGGCAAGGGAAGGCAAACAGGAAGAAGCAAUGGAGUUACUGAAGACACUGCGACAGGACCUUGGCAUGGAGUCGACUUCACUGGAUGACGUGCUAUACCGUUAUGCUAGUUUCCGUAAUAUGGUGGAUCCCAUCACCCACGACCUUCUCAUCAGCUUAGCACGCUACAUCCACUGUCUCAGAACGGAGGGAGAUGCAUUGAAUUCCAUGGAAAAAGUCUGUCGCCAGCUGACAUACCAUCUGAGUCCUCACCCCCGGUGGAAGAGGCAUGGUCUGCUGAAGGACAAGACCCAGGUCAGUCUGAAAGCUGUGCUGUCGGUCACACCGGUGGGCGGGAUGGUUGAUUUGUCUGGAAUUCCUCUCUCAUCGCGGGACAUGGAACGCCUGGUGUCCCACCUCAGUCGGAACGCUGCCAAGGUUCAGAACCUAGAACUUGGUUUCACCGAGCUGACGGACGAGUCCCUUCUCCUGCUGCUGCCCACCCUGGCGUCUCUGCCCCGCCUGGAGAGCCUGGCGCUCAACGGGAACCACCUGACCCGUGCCAUCCUGCGCCAACUCACCGACACCCUCAAAGACCCCGCCAGCUUCCCUGCCCUGGCAUGGAUCGACCUGGGCAACAACGUGGACAUCUUCUCCUUGCCCCAGCCCUUUCUGCUGAGCCUACGCAAACGCUGCCCCAAGCAGGGCAACCUCCCCACCAUCCAGGAGCAAGGGGAGGCUCAGGCCAGUGAGUCCGAGAGCAGAGCACCAGGGCUGGGGAGCAGGACUGGAACCUCAGGGGCGUCGGAUAAACCUGCCGCCAGCGGAGGUGCUUGUUUAGAGGAGGUCAGUGAGGAGACGCAGGAUGGCUCGGGGGGAUGA